UUACAGAGACGUUCAAGAGUGAGAAUGACCUAAAAGUGUUGAUGGAAAAUAUAACAGGAGAAAUGAAAAAUAACAUAUCACAAGAAAACAUUAAAUUGAGGAAACUUUCUGAAGCCAAAUUAAAGGACCAGAUGAACAGAUCCGAUGAGAAAAUAUUGAACGAAACGCAGCAAAAUUCAUUAAAGAUCAAGAGUGAUUUGAAAACGUUAGUUACGAAUGUAACUGGUGAACUAAAGCUUGAUGUGUUAGAAGAAAAUAGGAAAUUGCUUCAAAGCGAGCUGAAUCUGACAGAGGAAAAAUUCAGGAAACAUUUAAAUAUCUCCUAUGAGGAAUUGAUGAAAAUCACAAGAGAAAGGACGUUAGAGAGUGAGAUCAACCUAAAAAUGUUAAUGGAGAACUCUACGGGAGAAAUGAAAAAUAACGUAUCACAAGAAAACAAGGAAUUGUUGAAUCUUACUGAAGCAAAAUUGCAGGACCAGAUAAACAGUUCAUAUGACAAAAUUUUAAUGGAAACGCAGCAAAAUGCUUUGAAAAUAAAUAAUUUGAAAAUGUUUUUCGGGAAUGAACUAGGUCAACUGAAAAUUAAUACAUCCGAGGAAAUGACAAGAACGUUGAAACUUUCUGAAGCAAAAUUGCAGGACCAGAUGAAUAGUUCCUAUAAGGAAAUUUUAGGAGAAACGCAACGAAACUUAGCCAACGACAAAAUGGACUUGGAAACAUUGAUUGUCGUUACGAGAAAUCAUCUGCAGAACAGCAUAUCAGAAGAAAAAAAAUCGCUUUUGAGCCAGGUAAGGAUUUCAGAAGUAAGAUUGAAAAAUCUAAUGAGCACAACCCACACACGAAUAUCAGGCGAUACGAGGAGAAAUGCUUUGAAAAUAAAGAAUUUGAAAACGUAUUUCGGGAAUGACCUAAGUCAAUUGAAGAUUAACACAUCUGAAGAAUUUAUAAGAACGUUGAAACUUUCAGAAGCAAAAUUGCAGUACCAGAUGAACAGUUCCUAUGAAAAAAUUUCAGUAGAAACGCAACGAAACGCUUUGAAAAUUAAGAAUUUAAAAAGUUAUUUCGAGAAUGACCUCAGUCAAUUGAAGAUUAAUACAUCUGAAGAAUUCAUAAGAACGUUGACGCUUUCUGAAGUAAAGUUGCAGGACCAGAUGAAUAGUUCCUAUGAGAAAAUUUUAAUAGAAACUCAACAAAACUCAGCAAAUGAAAAAAUGGAUUUGGAAACAUUGAUUGUCGUUACGAGAAAUCAUCUGCAGAUCAACAUAUCAGAAGAAAAAAAAUCGCUUUUGAGUCAGGUAAAGCUUUCAGAAGUAAGAUUGAAAAAUCUAAUGACCUCAACCCACACACGAAUAUCAGGCAAUACGAGGAGAAAUGCUUUGAAAAUAGAGAAUUUAAAAAAGUAUUUCGAGAAUGACCUGAUUCAAUUGAAGAUUAACACAUCUGAAGAAUUUAUAGAAACGUUGAAACUUUCAGAAGCAAAAUUGCAGGACCAGAUGAACAGUUCCUAUGAAAAAAAUUCAGUAGAAACGCAACGAAAUACUUUAAAAAUAAAGAAUUUGAAAACGUAUUUCGGGAAUGAACUAAGUCAAUCAAAGAUUAAUACAUCCGAGGAAAUGACAAGAACGCUUUUGAGCCAGGUAAGGCUUUCAGAAGUAAGAUUGAAAAAUCUAAUGAGCACAACCCACACACGAAUAUCAGGCGAUACCAGGAGAAAUGGUUUGCAAAUAAAGAAUUUGAAAACGUUUUACGGGAAUGAAAUAAGUCGAUUGAAGAUUAAUACAACCAAGGAAAUGACAAUGACAACUAACAGAGUGUAUCUGGCAUCUGGAUGGAUUAAAGCAAGCAAUAACUACCUGUAUAAAAGUUUUACUGAUUAUGUAACCUACUCAACUGCGAAGGCCAGAUGCAUGGAAUUUGGGGCGCGUUUAAUUUCGUCUGGAGUUAGAACUAAGAAUGUAGUAAUUCCAAAACUACAUAGGGGCAGCGGUGGUUCGUAUAUGUGGAUAGGACUUGAUGACAUCAGAAGCGAAGGGACAUGGGUUUGGUCGGAUGGACGAACCACUACAAAUUACGAUUCCAUUUGGGCCCAUGGAGAACCGAAUGAUGUUGCUGAAGACUGCGGAGCAAUCUCUAGUUGGGGUGUGCAUGACUAUCCCUGUGACAAUUCGAUACCAUACGCAUGCGAAAGGGAAUUUUGAUUUACAAAUACACGAUUAUAAAGAAUAAAGAAUAUUAAUUUUGAUGUUGCCAUAAUUUGAUCUUGAUUCUAUCUGGAAAUUUAUUGUCGGAGAGUUCAAUGGGGGAAUUAUCAUUACCACAGCUAUAUGUUUCACUUGAUCAUGACAAAACUUUUUA